AUGAUAAGAGGAUUUCACCCGUUGUUAGCUGCUCUGGUUGAAAGGUGGAGGCCGGAGACUCACACUUUUGUGUUGCCGGUGGGUGAGGUUACAGUGACAUUGGAAGAUGUCGCACAUAUAUUUGGGUUACCAAUUGAUGGAGAGCCUGUGAGUGGAUGGACUGAUAGUAGUAGUGAUUUCGUUCAGAGUCAGAGCAUGGCAAUAUUCGGACGUCAACCGGUGCUUAGUCGUAAUUCGAAAUCCUAUAUAAAGCUUGGUUGGGUUCGAAGUAUCAGAGAUGAAGAGCCGUUGGAUACUGAAGAGUUCAUAAUGAGAUACGUGAGAUGUCAGAUUUUCUGUCUGUUAGGGUCGACCCUAUUCACAGAUAAGUCGACCGCAUACGCCCAUGCGAAGUAUCUACCGUUGAUUCGCGAUUUCGAGCGGAUCCAUACUUAUAGUUGGGGUUCAGCAUGUCUUGCACAUCUUUACAGAGCACUAUGCCGUGCAUCACGAUAUGAUACGAAGGAGAUGGAUGGCCCUCUUAAUCUGUUGUUUGUUUGGGCGUGGGAGCGAAUGCCGUGUAUUGCGCCUGUACCGAGACAUAUCCUUCCACCUGCUGAGAUACCAGUUGCCAUGAGGUGGAGUCAUUCGGAACGGAGCGCAGCAUGGUUAGAGAGGACCGUUGAGACAUUUAGGCAUGACAUAGACUACAUGCAGGAGUUUGAGUGGCGGCCGUACGAAGGAAUGAUCGUACCCGGCGAGUUACAUGUACAUCUUGAUGUGUGUGAUAUCGUUGCUCCGUUGUUGUCAUUCGAGUGUAUCGAGUGGCACCCUGCGGACCGAGUUAUGCGUCAGUUUGGGUUCGCACAGCCCCCCCCCUCCGCGCAAAUACCAAGGGUCAUUCCACUGGACCAGCAUUGCAUGGCUCUUCGCGGAGUGCAGCUUUAUGACUGGACAGUUUUGCAUGGGGGUUGGAUAGAGGAGUGGGGCAAUAGGCGAAACGCUCGACUGCGGGAUCUGCACCCCCUUCCGACCUGGGAUUUCAUACCCACACCGGAGUAUCGGGAUUGGUACAUGCGCUCAUACGGACAUAUGCUGAGAUUGACGGCGUAUGUUCCUCAGCCAGCUGCACCGCAGCCACCUUCACCUCAGGUCCUACCUGCACCUUAG